ACUAUCCUUCGACUAUUUCAGGACCUCCGCAUGGAACUCAGCCCGGCUGGGGUUCACGCAGAAUGAAACCUUUAUCAACUCCGUCUUGUCCUAACCCGUUCCAUACUGUAUCCGGUUCGGUCAAUUCCGGGUGGCUCGCUGAAACUGCUACGCGACAUGUUCAAGGGGCCCAGUCGGACUGUAGUGAGGAUGGUUAUCGUGAACCGGGAGCUGCUGGACUUGAGUACCUGUUAUCGGGACCAGAAGACGAACAGGACGCUUAUUACAAGGUAUCACUGAUCCAACUCCGCCAUUACAGUGCAUUGUCUUAUUUUUCUACUCCAUCGUCGCUAUGA